AUGAUAUUUUUAGUUAUCAAAUUCCUUGCCAUUUUGGAAGAAGCCGAGGAAUUCCUGAUCGUGAGAAUAAUCUAUUGGAUAAUAUUGGUGAUCUUGGUGUUUUUGAUAAUAAUACGCGUGUUGGACAUAAUACUCGCUUAUCGCGAGAUGCUCAGGAGAAGAAGAUAUUGUCGAGCAUCAUCAUCGGUGCAGUGCAAGACAUUAGCACUCCCCCUACCAGACAGUGCAGGGGGCUUCUCUGUCGAUGAGGACGAGGAGGAUAGUGAUGACGACGACGAUGAUGAUGACGACGAUGAAGAUGACGACGAUGAUGAUGACGACGAUGAUGAUGAUGACGAGUGGACAAGCGAUGAUGAAGAAUAUAGUACUUCUGACGAAGAAGUCACUAACUCAAGCGAUGAUGAUGAGUCUUCAUGGCCUUGUAAACCAACGAAGUACUUUAAGGUUGUAAGAAACUUUCCCGACGAAAGACGGAUCGGUGCACUUUUGUUUUGCGUCGGGGAAAAAGGCUCUUUAAAAGAUCAACGAAGUUUUAAAGGCGUAGUUGUUCAUAUGGCAGCCAUUUCAAUAGAGAGAAGUCACGAGGGUGAACUCACAACCCAGUGUUGGAUCAACCCCGGACAUCCGAGCCUUAUUCAGCCACUGGUGGCAAAAUUCCUUGAUUAUUUCUACAAGGAAUAUUACGAUGAUUUCUGCAACAGAACUGUAUCGUCUAGUUCGAUUAUCAAGAACAUCAGGCAAAUGUUUCUUCCACUGCCACCAUGUGAAUGUAGAUCACUUGUUGACAAGGAUGAAAAGAAUGUUGUGGCUGUCCAUGAUGCUGACAAGAACGAAACGAAAGAAGAAGAAGAAGAGGUGGAAGAUGUCAAAGAGUGUUGUGAGAGCCAUGACGGUAGUGAAGAUGAAAUGGCAGUCGCUGCUGAUGAUCACAAGCAAGAAGAAGAGGAGGAAGAUAUGUUUGAUCAUAGUGAUGCCAUAGAAUGCUGUAAAAGCCAUGACGAAAAUGAAGACGAAAUUGCAAUUGCUGAUAAUGAUAUCAAGCAAGAAGAAGAGGAGGAAGAUAUGCUUGAUCAUAGUGAUGCCAUAGAAUGCUGUGAAAGCCAUGACGAAAAUGAAGACGAAAUUGCAAUUGCUGAUGAUGAUAUCAAGCAAGAAGAAGAGGAGGAAGAUAUGCUUGAUCAUAGUGAUGCCAUAGAAUGCUGUGAAAGCUAUGACGAAAAUGAAGACGAAAUUGCAAUUGCUGAUGAUGAUAUCAAGCAAGAAGAAGAGGAGGAAGACAUGGUUUAUCAUAGUGAUGCCAUAGAGUGCUGUGAAAGCCAUGACGAAAAUGAAGAUGAAAUUGCAGUUGCUGAUGAUGAUAUCAAGCAAGAAGAAGGGGAGGAAGAUGUGGUUUAUCAUAGUGAUGCCAUAGAGUGCUGUAAAAGCCAUGGCGACAGUGAAGAUGAAAUUGCAGUUGCUGAUGAUGAUUAUGAUUGUGAUAAGCAAGAAGAAGAAGAGGAAAAAGGUAUGCUUUAUCAUAGUGAUGCCCUAGAAUGCUGUGAGAGCCAUGGCGAUAGUGAAGAUGAAAUUGCAGUUGCUGAUGAUGAUUAUGAUUGUGAUAAGCAAGAAGAAGAAGAAGACAUGGUUUAUCAUAGUGAUGCCAUAGAGUGCUGUGAGAGCCAUGGCAAAAAUGAAGAUGAAAUUGUAGUCGCUGAUGAUGAUAUCAAGCAAGAAGAAGAAGAGGAGGAAGAUAUCAUUUAUCAUAGUGAUGCCAUAGAGUGCUGUGAAAGCCAUGACGAAAAUGAAGAUGAAAUUGCAGUUGCUGAUGAUGAUUAUGAUUGUGAUAAGCCAGAAGACGAAGAGGAGGAAGAUAUGCUUUAUCAUAGCGAUGCCAUAGAAUGCUGUGAGAGCCAUGGCGAUAGUGAAGAUGAAAUUGCAGUUGCUGCUGCUGAUGAUGAUGAUAACAAGCAAGAAAAAGAGGAUGUGUCAGAUUGUAUUAAUGCCAUGGAGUGCUGUGAGUGCCAUAAGCAAGACCAUGUUGCUGAUGAUGAUUGUAGUGAUCAUGAUGAUGCUGAUGUUGCUGAUGAUGAUUGUAGUGAUCAUGAUGAUGCUGAUGUUGCUGAUGAUGCUGAUGAUGAUUGUAGUAAUCAUGAUGAUCAUCAUGUUGCUGGUGAUAAUUGUACUGAUCUUGGUGAUUAUGGUUAUGACAGCAGUGUCUGUGUUAGUGAUGGUGAUUUGGGUGUCCCCGAGAGUAGACACAGUGAUGAGAGUGACGAUAGUGCUGAUGGAGAUGCAGAUCACAGUGAUAGAGGCCAAGACAAGAAAGAACUACAUGUCCUUUUUGGAUGUCACCAAAGUCCCUACGUGCCAUCUCUAUGGGUUGCAGGCCUUACAGUUUGCUUGUUGUCAAGGUUUAUAAGAACAUAAAAGAAAAUACUUUCUAGCGGCACCAAAAAAUCGUUUUUAAAAAACAUUUCUCCGUGCUACCUUUUAUCCUUGAAAUUAACAGUAUGAAGACUAAUUUUAGACAUCAGUGUGAGAUGUAUUCAAGUCCGUUCUUCGUCAUUAAGAGGACACAUUUCACACUGCAACUGCCUGACUGUGUGAAGCAUGCCGUGCAUGUCACCAAUAUUCGCUGAUGAACUUUUCAUAAUUAUGUAUUCGCUAACCCUGAUAAAACAUUUCUUUAAUAAAGGUAA